GCACGAUCCCAGGGUGCUGUGCGCGGCGUGGGCUCCGCCAUCCCGCUGGGAGAGACGGUCUGUGCCGGGGCCCUGCCAGCGAGACGCCACACCGAAGGAGCGAGCGAGGGACAGGGGAGAGCGCGAGCCCCGCCGCCGCCAAACGGCCAUGUCCGCGCGCAGCCCCUGAGCGGGACCGAGCCGCCCCUCCUCCCCCUCCCCUCCUUCCCUCCCCCGCGCGGGCGCCCGCCCGCAUCAGCCGCCGCUGCCGCCAACAUGGAGGCCGUGAACGCCUUCAACCAGGAGCUCUUUUCACUGAUGGAGAUGAAACCUCCUAUUUCGCGAGCAAAAAUGAUUCUCAUCACAAAAGCUGCCAUUAAAGCUAUUAAGCUCUACAAGCAUGUUGUCCAGAUUGUAGAGAAGUUUAUCAAAAAGUGCAAACCGGAAUAUAAAGUCCCUGGAUUGUAUGUCAUUGACUCUAUUGUUCGUCAGUCUCGUCACCAGUUUGGAACAGACAAAGAUGUUUUUGGGCCAAGAUUCUCUAAAAAUAUUACUGCCACAUUCCAGUAUUUGUAUCUCUGUCCAUCUGAAGACAAGAGUAAAAUAGUCCGUGUCCUGAACCUUUGGCAGAAAAAUGGAGUAUUUAAAAUUGAAAUAAUUCAACCUCUUCUGGAUAUGGCAGCAGGAACUAGUGCCACUGCACCAAUGACAGAAAAUGCAACUAAUAAUGAAGGUUCACCGCCCCCUCCAGUAAAGGUUACUUCGGAGCCCCCUCAAGUUACUGCUAACUCAGUGCCGACUGUGCCACAGUUGCCCAGUUCUGAUGCCUUUGCAGCUGUAGCUCAGUUGUUUCAAACAACGCAAGGACAACAGCUUCAGCAAAUUCUUCAGACUUUUCAACAGCCUCAAAAACCCCAGUCACCAGUCAUAGAUAACACUGUGAUGGCUCAGGUUCAAGCUAUUACUGCUCAGUUGAAAACUACAGCAGCACAACCGCCAGAACAAAAAACUGCUUUCCCACCACCUGAGCAAAAAACAUCAUUUGACAAAAAGCUGCUGGAUCGGUUUGACUAUGAUGAUGAACCAGAAGCAGUGGAAGAUGCAAAGAAAGAAGAUUCAGCUCCUUCUCCUUCAGUUUCUCAGCCAGCUUUGACCUCUCUCUCAUUCAGUGCACAGGCUGGAUGGUGCUCAAUACCUGGUGGAUUUCCAGGAGACGGUAUACAACAGCCAGUAUUUCCUCAACUCCCAAAUAUGGAUCCUUUUCAGCAGCGAAUAAUGGGAAUACAGCAAGAUCCAAUGCGUCACCAGGUUCCGCUUCCUCCUAAUGGGCAAAUGCCAGGUUUUGGUCUCCUGCCUACGCCACAGUUUCCACCGAUGGCUCAGCCUGUGAUUCCACCAACAGCACCUGUGCAGCAAACUUUUCAGUCUCCUUUUCCAGUACAGAGUGAAUCACACAUGCAAAAAACACAUCAGCAGGAUAUGGAGGUGGAACAGCCACCGAUUCAAGAGGGAAAACGACAUGUUUCUGACAACAGAAAGUCAAGAUCUAGAUCCGCAUCAAGGUCACCUAAAAGGAGACGUUCAAGAUCUGGCUCCCGAUCUCGAAGGUCACGUCAUCGUCGAUCUCGAUCUCGGUCCAGGGAUAGACGCCGACACUCUCCUAAGUCUCGAUCACAAGAAAGACGUGAACGUGAGAGGGAGAGAGAACGCAGAUCAAAAGGCCUUCCUCAGAUCAAGUCAGAAACUGUUAGUGUUUGUAGUACUACGCUUUGGGUAGGACAACUUGACAAAAGGACAACUCAACAGGAUGUUGGAAGUCUUUUGGAGGAGUUUGGCCCAAUUGAAUCAAUAAAUAUGAUACCGCCUAGAGGAUGUGCCUAUAUUGUAAUGGUUCACAGACAAGAUGCUUACCGUGCCCUACAAAAACUGAGCCGAGGAAACUUCAAAGUCAAUCAGAAAUCUAUAAAGAUUGCAUGGGCUUUGAAUAAAGGAAUAAAGCCAGAUUACAAGCAGUAUUGGGAUGUAGAAUUAGGUGUUACUUACAUACCAUGGGACAAAGUGAAACCUGAAGAUCUUGAAAGUUUCUGUGAAGGAGGAAUGUUGGACAACGAAACUCUUAGUCCAGAGUGGAAGGGGAUUCCCAAGAAGUCUGAAAAUGAAGUGGCUCAAAAUGGAGGUGCAGAAGCUACACAUAAUGAACCAGUGUCACCUAUUCCUAAAGCUUUACCUGUUCCAAUUCCUGUUCCUAUGCCUGCACCAAUAACAGUACCUCCUCCACAGGUUCCACCACAUCCAUCAGGUCCUCCUGUGGUUGGUGCACUCCAACCACCUGCUUUCACAGCACCUUUAGGAAUCCCACCUCCUGGAUUUGCUCCUGGAGUGCCACCACCACCGCCGCCUCCAUUUUUACGACCUGGUUUCAACCCAAUGCAUUUACCCCCAGGCUUUCUUCCUCCUGGACCACCACCACCUAUAACUCCUCCAGUAUCUGUUCCUCACACUCCAGCAGUAAACAUCCCAAAUUCUACAGCAACUGGUGUGAGUGAAGACACUACAAAAGAUUCAUCUGUAGGAAAUCCCAUCCCAACAGUGGUUUCUGGAUCCAGAGGGAAUGCCGAAACUACUGAUAGUUCCAAAAUAUAUGGGACUGUUCCACCUCCUGUAGCACCUACUAAUGUACCUGCUCCUGUGACCCAAGCUAUUCCACUUCUUGGCUGGAAGAAAAACAUGAAAGAGGUCCUGUUUUCUACCACUCAUGCUGAUCUAGAUAGCAAAGAAGUGUCCCUUGAAGUCUUGCCCUCCCCAUUCUAUGAGUUCAAGAGCUGGCCAGGCUGCAUCGUCAUUCCUUCCUUUUCAUUCUGUGUGUCAGGUUUCACUCCUAGGGAAAUCAAAGCAUGGGAAAUGGAGUGUGCCAGGGUUUCACCAUGUGUGCGAACAUGAGAUGCAAUCUACAUAUGCAUCCCGGUCCCGGAGCCCAGAAGUACUUGCAGGCUUGACAGUUUAAAUGUAGCCUUAGUGUCUGACCUACAGUCUUGCACAGGUCAGAGGCAAAUGAACUGGACAAAGUAAAUGAGUAGGUACAGCAUCACCCUUGGUUAGCCAUGGGAAAGUGCAGGCAAGGGAAAUCAAAUGCUUCAGACUGAAGGACCUCAUGUUCACAAGUACAUGGUUUAGUAAUAUGAAUAGAUGACUGAUCGUGUGACUGGUUUCUCACGAAGUCCUCAAACUGCUCGUUAAACAUUCCCAUGAUGUGGCUCUCCAAGCUGAGAUAAGAAGGUGGAAAAAAGAUUUGUUUGACAGCAUCAUGAAGUAUGUCAUGAGGACUCUGCUUGGGGAAAUAGGCAUGAAGGGGCUCGAGUAGUGUAACAUGAAGAAUGAAGAAAUGUCCUUCGGAUAUUUGGGCAGUAUAGAAGAACUUACUUCAGCAGGCUGAAUUCAAGGAAUGAAGAUUUCUCUGAAGAGACUGUCAUAGAAAUCUAAACUUAACCUUGCUUGAGAACACCUUUUGUAAUCUGUACAAAUGCAGGAGCUCUUUUCUAAUUUUUGUAACUUCAAAAUGAAGCUUAUCUAUCUAUCUGUUCAGUUUUUAUAUGGAAGAUAUGUUACAAAGUAAUUCUAAAUUGAUUAUUGUAAGAUUUCAUAUGCUUUCUUAGUAAUGUAAGUUACAUUCUGUUUCAUCUCACUAAUUUCAUUCGUUCCUCUAAUGUAAUUCUUUCAUCACUUCCAACAAAGACAUGUUUGUGCUUCAGAGGAGUGAUCCCUUGUGGACAUUUGUCUGAAUUUUUUUGUGCUUAUUUCUGAAAACCACCCUCAGGUUGUUCUGAUUUAGUUGUAUCCUUGAUCAUAUUCACUGCUGUUAUAGUUUCUUGUUCUUAAUCUGAACAAGAUUAUCCAGACUGUAACUGGUUUUGUGAGUGUGUGCUCAUGUCAUUUUUUUAAAUGAUCUGCAAAGCAGAUAUUUUUAGACUCCUUUUACAUGUGCAUAUUGCAGAAAGUGACAGGCUUUUAAAUAAUUUUUGAUUUGCCAACUUGUUCUUAGUGUUGAGCAAAUGCUGUAAUUUGGACCAGUAAUAAACUGCUGUUGUAGAUGCUAUGUUUUAAAUAUUCAAAUUCUGUGAUCUAUUAUCUUGAUUAAAUACACCAUAUUGCAGUUUGUAGGUUCUGGUCUAGUGCUCUUUUUACCAAAAUUCCUACAAUGAUAAUUACAUAUUAUCAAAGAUUAAUUAUACUGUAGUUCUCAUCGAACUUCGUAUUCAUUUCCUGUUAAUGCAUGCUGAACUAUUAUUCUUUUUUCACUUGCUGGUUUGUUCUUAAGUAACUACAUGGUCUUUUUGUAAUCUGCAUUAAAUUAUAAAAGACAGACUACAAUACUCUCUGAGCUCAUCAGAGUAUUACUGUAUUAUAAAGUGGAUACUUCCUUCACAGGAAGGAUGAACUUUUUAUUAAUACAGGAUAUGAACAGUGAUAAACCUAAUACAUUUCUGAAUUUCUUGUGAUAGCCCAUUUUAAAAACAUAACAACCACUGCAUGUUUGUUAAUGAUAUUUAUGACUGUUGCUUUCAUAAUACUACCAAAAGAGAAUUCAGAGGUAAGGGAACAUGAACUCUCAAGCACCAUUCAUGGAAUUCAGUUUUGCUUUGAUGAUUCCCUUGACCUGGAUCAGUUUAGUGUUUAUGUUUGAUAAAGCAGGAAUUUUAGAAGUCUUAAUACCAGUAAGCAACACUGUACACAUAAUGCAGUUUGACUCUUACAUCCUUGUUUAAGCAUCUUAACAUGAAUAGCAGCAAGCUCCUGCUGGCUUCAGUGAUGGACAUUGACUACCCUGAAAAAUGUUGGUAUUUAUGGCAAGUUAUUUAAGCUCUGAAUUGAUACUUAGGCUCUUAAGUUUAGGCUUCUUUCUUUACAGUCUUGGCCUGGUCUAAAGGAUUCUGUAUCAAACCAGAAAAAGACACAAGACUUACAACAUUAUCCCUCUUUCAAGAAUUUCCUGGUAGUAUUUAAUGUUCUAGUUUUAAGAUGCAACAUUCCCCACUGGAGAGUGAUCGGAAAAUUAAUGUGUCAUGCUACAUGUUGCAGAACAUCAGCAUCAAAGUGUAAACUUUUAGCCCAUUCUGCUGGAAUUGUAAGCUUUUGACUUCUUGUUCUCAUACAUGUUUCCAUUAUAUCUGCAAAGGAGAUGUAUUUGAAGCAGGAUUGCUGUGUCAGAUACAGAAAACACCAUUCCUCCACUUGCUUUCUUGUAACAGGACAGCUGAGAAGUAAUUUAACAGAUUAUAAGAAACACUGUAAUCACUUAUUGAGCAGAGUUCAGUUAAAAAAAAAAAUCAGAUGCUACACUUCUUGGUUGUGUUAGCAUUUGUAACACUGAUAAUUAUCACAAGGGAACAUGGAAUUUGUCCAGCCAGAAGAAAAGAAAAUCAGAAAUGGAAUUACAGUGACACAGAAAUCUGGCUUUUUACCUAUUUAUGAAAACAGUAAGGGUGACUCCUAUGACCUCUCUGGAUAGAAGACACUUCGUCAGGACAGCUAUAGCAUUUUGGCUAUGUCUUACAAGUAAAGUGAAAUUAUGAAACUUGA